AUGAAGCCCUUCCUCGCCGUCCCCAUCAUCGCGGCCCUCCUUCACCGCGCGUGGUCUCGCAAGUCCCUGACACCGCUGGGCCUCGCAGCUGCAGCUCUCACAGCUGUCGCGCACGCCUUGAAUCCCUGGUCCCUGCCGCUGUUCCUGCUUCUUGUCUUCUACCUUGGUGGAACCAAGGCAACGAAGGUGAAACACGACAUCAAGGCCCAGCUUACGCUCUCAGCGACCGGCUCCCACGGCGGCGAAGGCGCGCGCACCCACGUCCAGGUUUUCGCAAACUCAAUAGUCGCCAGCGUCCUCAGUCUCGUCCAUGCAUGGGUUCUAGCGAAUAAUAACGCGGUGGAUGGUCCGACGGCGGAAUGUUUCUCGAAUGGUCGCCAUGCGGCGGAUCUACUUGUUGUUGGAAUUAUUGCGAAUUAUGCUGCGACGGCGGCUGAUACGUUUUCGUCUGAGCUGGGCAUUCUUUCGAAAUCGCAUCCGCGGCUUAUUAUCUCGCCUACGCUUCGGGUUGUUCCGCCAGGGACGAAUGGUGGUGUGACGGGGACGGGUAUUCUCGCUGGUUCAUUUGGUGCUUUUACGAUCGGUCUUACGUCUGCUGCUCUUCUACCGUUCUGCAGCUCCUUGCUCGACACUGUGCAGGACAGGGUAAUCUGGGUUGUCGCGAUGACCGUGUGGGGAACAUUGGGGAGUAUCCUAGAUAGCGUGCUUGGCGGACUACUCCAGGCGAGUGUCGUCGAUAAGCGGAGUGGAAAGAUUGUCGAGGGGGCAGGAGGGCAGAAGGUCCUUAUUCAUCCGUCGUCAACUACACCCGGAAACGCAAAGGACGUCCUCCCGCCUUCUGGGGGCACGACAGGCGCCCAACUCCGCACUACAGAAGCCGCGGCCAACACCGCCGCGCUCAAGGGGACUAGGGCUACUCGGACAUCGGCAGGGACAGACGCAGGCGAGGAGGGGCAUCACGAAAGCCGUCGUGUAGAAAGCGGAGUGGACAUUUUGGACAACAAUGCCGUGAACGUGCUGAUGGCGCUGACUAUGAGCGUUGGGGCUAUGGGAGUCGCGAGUUAUAUAUGGGGUUUACCGAUUUCCGAGAUGUUGGCUUAA